UUCGAGGACUCUCUGGAAUAACGUACCCCUACUAUUCAUCUUGUGUCCUCUAAAAUUCUUCCUUGCCUUUCCAAUAUGGUUAAUUUGUCAUCUUCACCCCAAAUCCAUGUUGUAAAUCAAGGUAUCCUCCAAGGCUCCUUGGAUUUAAGCAAGCGUGUGGCCCGUUACUUGAAUGUCCCAUACGGUGUUGUCCAAGAGAGAUGGAGACCCGCUGUCAAGCCUGAACCAUGGACCGGUGUCCGUGAUGCUACUAAACAAGGGCCCAUCUGUCCUCAAGGUGAAAGAGAAGACCGCCUUACAAGUAGGAUUAGCUCUUGCACACCUGUCGACAUUGACGAUGAGACCGCCGAGUUCGAUGAAAAGCACUGUCUGAACCUUAACAUUUUUGUGCAUGAGGACACAUUGAAGAAGGCAACUACCGAGCCAGCAGUAGCGAAUGCUGAAGGUGCAGCUGUCAUUGUGUUUAUCCAUGGAGGUGGGUACCGUGACGGUGCCAAUUCUUUGGAACUCUAUGAUGGUAGCAAUCUAGUUCAUCAAGCAGCUAAGCUUGGACGUCCUGUGAUCGUGGUUGUUCCCAACUAUCGACUUAAUUUCCAUGGGUUCUUCGCUUGCCCUGAGCUUGAAGAGGAUAUUAAGUCGGAUCCAAAGCUCACGACAGACUAUGAGCGAGUCGCUGGCAACUGGGGACUUCAAGACCAGCGUCUUGCGUUUGAAUGGGUACACAACAAUAUUGCGACAUUUGGUGGCAAUCCUUCUAAUAUCACCGCUAUGGGUGAACUGUCUGGUGCUUCAAGUAUUGGUUAUCACAUGUUGAUUCCUCAACACCGCGGCCUCUUCCAUCAAGCAAUCAUGCAUUCCAGCGCUUCGAAUACUCUCCCAACUAUUCGAUCUCAUAUGGAAGGGAAGCUCUUUUUCGAUUUUUUGGUCGACUACUUUAAUAUCCCUAAGGAGCUGAGUGGGAAAGAGAAGCUCGAGCUACUAAAAAAAGUACCUAGCAAGGAGUUGGGUCGAGCUGCAGGGUCUAACAAAGUCCGAUUGUUCUCACCUUAUGUGGAUGGUGUGAUGAUACUUGAAGAUAUCCGCGUACAGGUCCACAAGGCCGAUAUGCUCGAUCAUGGUGUCAAGGCUGUCAUGAUCGGAAAUAUGUCGAACGGAGGGGAGAUGUUUGUAUCAUUGACGGGUGCUGAUAAUCUAAAGGCGUUUUCAAAGAUACAUAGCAGAUUCUGUCCCCCUGAUGAAGCUAGCCAACAACUGUGGGAAAAGGUGUAUGGGAAAGUGGAGACUGAUUUGAACGCAAAACAUGCAUCUAUGCAUGUGUUUGAGGAUUACAUAUUCACCUAUCCGAUUUUCUCCACCUUACGAGCGCUCUCCAAGCGCAAAGAUCUGGACAGCACUCAAUCAUCGUUGCAAAGAGGAGAAGGGCUCAAGCUAUAUCAGUUCUACUUUGAUCGCUCCAUCAAGGCAGUAGAUGAAUCUCACGGUUGGGGUGCACAUCAUGGUAUUGAUUUAGUCUAUGUGUUUGGUCCAGACUAUGCGCUCGAGAAGGUCUUGACUGAAGAAGAAAAGCGAUUUUCAGAGCGAGUGCAGACGAUGUGGAUCCACUUUGCGUAUGGAGAGACUGCAGGUAUGAAGACGAAAGAUGGAGCAGAGCUUUUCCCAGCUAGGAUCACACAGCCUGUGGACGAUUACAAGCACCAUAGUGCUGCUAAAGAAGCUAUUGUGUUUACGCCUCAGCUCACUGUCGAAGCAGAACAUGCUGUCCGAGAAGGCAAGGAUGCGAUGGAGCUGUGGGAAAGAUCUGAGAAGUGGGUGCAUGAUACACGCAGGAGCAAUAAUACUGUGGAAGCUUUGCGUGUUGGGUUCAUGGGCGUUGCUCUCCCUGCGGACAAGGAAUGAGUUUGAUACACUUCUUUACACAAGCCUCACAGAAUAGGAUUUUACCUAACCAAGCACGCUAGUAAAAAAUAAAAGAAAGUGUAUUUAUGUCGAGU